CCUGCGGUUUCAAUGACUUCCUCGUGCUGAGCCCGGGGGCGGGGCUGUCACUUCCUCCCUCCUGGGUCCGAGGCCAGCAGCUGCCCCCUGCCCUCCCCCCCUCAGCAUGCGCAGCCCACCCGCCCUGCCCGAGGACAUCGUCAGCCUCCUGGCAGAUGUUGACACAUUUAUAUCUGAUACCCUCAAAGGAGAAAAUUUAUCCAAGAGAGCAAAGGAAAAAAAGGAUGCUCUUAUUAAGAAGAUAAAAGAGGUCAAGGCUAAUUACCCUCAAGAUUUCCAGGAUAAAGGAGAAUUGGAAGAUGAGGAAGAGUCUGAGGGCUCUUUCCCUUCACCUCCUGAUAAUCUCUCAUUAGCAUCUGACCGAUAUGAUAAAGAGGAUGAAGGACCCUCUGAUGGGAACCAGUUUCCUCCUAUUGCUGCUCAAGACCUUCAAUUUGUUCUAAAGUCUGGAUACCUUGAAAAACGUAGAAAAGACCACAGUUUUCUUGGCUUUGAAUGGCAGAAGCGUUGGUGUGCUCUCAGUAGAACAGUCUUCUAUUAUUAUGGAAGUGAUAAAGACAAACAACAGAAAGGUGAAUUUGCUAUAGAUGGAUACACCGUCAGAAUGAAUAAUACCCUUCGGAAGGAUGGAAAGAAAGAUUGCUGUUUUGAAAUCUCGGCUCCUGAUAAACGCAUUUAUCAGUUUACAGCAGCUACUCCCAAAGAAGCAGAGGAAUGGUUACAAGAAAUCAAAUUUGUAUUGCAAGACUUGGGAUCUAAUGUCAUUCCUGAGGAGGAAGAAUAUGAUGACGUUGGACAAGUUUCUCCUCCAGUCAGCACUGCACCAAUAGACGAUGACAUUUAUGAAGAACUUCCAGAAGAAGAAGAAGAGAGUGCUCCUCCAAAGACUGAAGAGCCAAGGAAACUGAGCCAAGAGAGCACCAGCAAUGUUUCAGGGGAUAAAAAUACCAAUUAUGCUAAUUUCUACCAAGGUCUGUGGGACUGCACAGGAGAUGUUUCUGAUGAGUUGUCAUUUAAACGUGGCGAUGUUAUCUACAUUCUCAGCAAGGACUACGAUAGAUUUGGCUGGUGGGUAGGAGAAAUGAAGGGAACCAUUGGCUUGGUGCCUAGAGCCUACAUAAUAGAGAUGUAUGAUAUUUGAGAGGCCUGGGAGAAUUCUGCAAUUACAAUCAAGAGUGAUGUACAACUGCACCUUCCAGACCUGGUUUCCAAAAUGCAAAGAUUCUACUGUGUGAACUUGGUUGUUUGAUGGGUGUAGUCAGACCACCACACCAAAUAUAUUAAACAUAAAACAUUUUUUAA